AUGUCAACCAAUGACAAUCAAAAGAUUUCAGUAGUCGAAGGUAUGAAAAAAUUCAACAUGCCUUAUGUUCGUUUGGGUAAUAGUGGUAUGCAAGUAUCAAGAAUUUGUCUGGGUAUGAUGACAUAUGGUACUUCAAAAUGGCGUGAAUGGGUCCUCGAAGAAGAAGAAGCACGUCCAUUUGUUAAACGAGCUUUAGAAAUGGGAAUUAAUUUUUUUGAUACUGCUAAUAUGUAUUCAUUAGGUGUAAGUGAAGAAGUCACUGGACGAGCUCUUAAUGAUAUGGCUAUUCGAGAAGAAAUUGUUGUAGCUACUAAAGUAUUUCAUCCAGCCGCACCUGGUCCCAAUCGAAAAGGUCUUAGUCGUAAGCAUAUAUUUGAUGCAUGUGAUGCCAGUUUGAAACGAUUGAAUAUGGAUUAUAUUGAUCUCUAUCAGAUUCAUCGUUUCGAUAAAGAUACACCUAUUGGUAAAGAGACAAUGGAAGCGUUGAAUGAUCUUGUUCGAUCUGGUAAGGUUCGUUAUAUUGGUGCAUCUUCUAUGUAUGCUUGGCAAUUCGCUAAAGCUCAACAUAUAGCAGAAAAGAAUGGAUGGGCUAAGUUCAUUUCUAUGCAAAAUCAUUAUAAUCUUGUUUAUCGUGAAGAAGAAAGAGAAAUGAAUCCAUUAUGUCGUGAUCAAGGUGUAGGUCUUAUACCAUAUUCACCAUUAGCUCGUGGAUUUUUAACAGGAAAUCGUAGUAAAGGUGAUAUUAAUAAGGAAACAAAUCAAGAAACAUCAUCUACAUUACGAGCACGAUCAGACGAGAUUGGACAUAAAAGAUAUUAUGCUGAUAGUGAUUUUGAAAUAGUUGAUCGUUUAAAAACGAUUGCUGAAAAACUUCAAGUAAAAACCGCACAAGUUGCACUUGCAUGGAUAUUAUCGAAACCCGGUGUAUGUGCUCCAAUUAUUGGUGCUUCAAAAAUGUAUCAAUUGGAGGAAGCAGUUGCAGCAACUGCAAUAAAACUAUCCGAUGAUGAUAUCAAAGCUUUGGAAGAACUUUAUCAGCCACAUCGUAUUCUUGGCAAUUUAUAA